GUGUAUUCUGUUACUUUUUAGCUUUUUUAAAGAGUUUAUUUUUUUAUUUCAGCUGUUCUGAGCCUGUAUACUGUAUGCAUCCUAUGUGAUCGUAAAUCAGCCAACACUUUCUCACUGACAUCUCGAGUCUCCAUGUUUGUAAUCUGUUUUUAAAAAUAUAAUUUCCCUCCCUCGUUAGAGCAGAAAGGCGCAGGUAAGAUGAGAAACACAGCAGGCUAAAAGACAGAAUCAUAUUGUGGUUUAGACAGGAUGUCAGUGUGCUUAUUUGCAGAAUGCUCAUAUGAAGGAGACAGAGGGCAAGGGGAGAGGUUGGUGUGAUGAAUGGAAAGUGAAAAGUUGGUUAAAACUCAAAUUUGUUGCUGAAGAGAUAAUGAAUGAAACACCUUGUUGUGUGGAGGUCAUGCAGCUCAACCUCUAAAAGCCCAAAGUUUCAAUCGUACCUAUGCCCCAGGCAUUUCAGGCUUAUCCUCUUCUUCAUGUUGUUGCUUGGCUGACUGGUUGGUCAGCUGAAAAGGCUACAAAGGGAAACAGAAAAUAUUCCAUGGAAUACAUACUGUACGAUGGCAGCCACCCGCCACUCAGAGCGGCACGCUCUUAAUUAUGCAUAUAAUUUAAACGGUGGAGAUGCAGGUGAGGAUGCUGGUGAUCUAGACUUCAGUGCCCUGCUUAAGAAAAGGGAGAAGAAACACAAGGAGGUUGUAGAAGAAGUAGAUGUGUGGGAAAUCUUGAAGGCGGCUAAGCCAUGCGACUAUGAGAAGAUUGCCUUUGAGUAUGGCAUCACAGACCUGAGGGGCAUGCUGAAGAGGCUGAAGAAUAUGAGGAAGAAGGUGGAGCCCAAGAAAAGUGAUGCUUUCCUGAGGAAGCUGGAUUCAGCCUACUCAGUGGACAAGGGCAAGAAGAUUCAGCUGUCAGUGGAACUAGCUGACCCCAACGCUCCAAUCAAGUGGCUCAAAAAUGGACAAGAAAUCAAACCAUCAGCCAAGUAUGUGUUUGAGAGCGUGGGUAACAAGCGGACACUCACUAUCAACAAGUGCAACCUGUCUGAUGACGCAGCGUACGAGUGCGUGGUCGAGGAGGAGAAGUGCUUCACGGAGGUUUUUGUCAAAGAGCCUCCAAUCACCAUCACCAAGCUGCUGGAUGAUGUUCACACCGUGGUGGGAGAGAAGGUGGAGUUUGAGGUGGAAGUGUCCGAGGAGGGAGCCAACGUCAAAUGGAUGAAGGAUGGAGUUGAGUUGAACAGAGAAACAGCAGGUUCAAAGUACAGGUUUAAAAAGGAUGGGAAGAGGCACAUUUUGGUUAUAAAUGAAGCCACUAAGGAGGACAUCGGAAUGUAUUACGUGUUCACUAACGGCGGAGAGUCGAAAGCAGAACUGGAGGUUGAAGAUAAGGAGCUGCAGGUUCUGCAGAGCAUAGCUGACCUGACAGUGAAGGCUGCUGAACAGGCUGUGUUCAAGUGUGAAGUGUCUGAUGAAAAAGUGACGGGGAAAUGGUUCAAGGACGGCGUCGAAGUCCUGCCCAGUGAUCGCAUCAAAAUGACACACAUAGGAAGGACCCACAAGCUGAUGAUUGAUGAUGUGAAGCCUUCGGACGCUGGAGAUUACACCUUUGUCCCUGAUGGCUAUGCACUUUCUCUCUCUGCAAAACUCAACUUCCUGGAAAUCAAGAUUGACUAUGUUCCCAGACAAGACCCUCCCAAAAUCCACCUGGACACCAGUAGCACCGGCAGCAAGAACACCAUCACUGUGGUGGCUGGAAACAAAGUUCGCCUUGACGUUGAGAUCACAGGAGAGCCUGCGCCCACUGUGUGCUGGAUGAAAGGAGGCGAAGUGGUCUCUGAGGCCGAGGGAAGGGUCCGCGUGGAGACGAGGAAGACCCUGAGCAGCUUUGUAAUUGAGGGGGCGGAGAAAGAGGACGAGGGCCGGUACUCCAUCACCGUGACUAACCCUGCUGGAGAGGACAAGGUUGAACUCUUUGUCAGGAUAGUGGAUGUGCCCAACCCUCCUGAGAAUGUCAAGUGCACAUCAGUUGGCGAGGACUCUGGCACCAUCACAUGGGACCCUCCACCAUUUGACGGUGGAGUUCCCAUUAAAGGAUACCUGAUGGAGAGGAAGAAGGUUGGCUCAUCUAGAUGGACCAAGCUCAACUUUGAUGUUUAUGACUCCACCACAUAUGAGGCUAAGAAGAUGAUUGAAGGUGUACUUUAUGAGAUGAGAGUGUUUGCAGUCAACGGCAUUGGCAUUUCUCAGCCAAGUGCAAACUCAAAGCCCUUCAUGCCCAUUGCCCCCACCAGCGAGCCCACUCGUCUCAUGGUGGAUGAUGUGACAGACACUACCUGUGCACUCAAGUGGCGUCCUCCAGAGAGAAUUGGAGCAGGCGGCAUCGACGGUUACAUCAUUGAGUACUGCAUAGAAGGAAGUGAUCAGUGGGUGCAAGCUAACGAAGAACCAGUGGGAAAGAACCAGUACAGGGUGAAGGGUCUCCCAGUAGGGGAGAAGAUGCUGUUCAGAGUGGUGGCUGUCAACAUCGCUGGGCGCAGCCCCCCCGCUACUCUCACCCAGGCCGUCACUAUCAGAGAGAUCAUGGAGAAUCCGAAGAUCCGCCUGCCCCGUUCUCUGAGGACCAAACUCGUCAAGUUUGUGGGCGAGAAAGUGAACUUGGUCAUCCCCUUCCAGGGUAAACCGCGCCCUGUCGUGACCUGGUUCAAAGAUGGUGUUCUCCUGGAGGACAAUACAGUGGGAACUCGUACCAGUGAAGUGGACACCAUCAUCUUCAUCCGCUCAGCAGAGAGAACCCACUCCGGAAAGUACACACUGUCCGUUCAGAUUGAGAACAUGUCAGACAGCGCUGACAUUUACAUCCAGGUUGUAGAAAAGCCCGGUCCUCCAAUUGCUGUGCGUGUCACAGAAGUCUGGGGUUUCAAUGCUGCGCUGGAGUGGAAGCCACCCAAAGACGACGGCAACUGCGAGAUUAUCGGCUACACUAUUCAGAAGGCAGACAUGAAGACUAAGGAUUGGUUCACGGUCUAUGAGCACAACCGCAGGCCCAGCUGCACUGUGUCUGACCUGGUCAUGGGGAACGAGUAUUUCUUUCGAGUGUUCAGCGAAAACAUCUGUGGCCUCAGCGACGAGGCUGGCAUCAGCAAAAACACCGCACUCAUUACCAAAACAGGUUUGGACUACAAGCCUCCACCCUUCAAAGAGAUGGAUGUGAACCGUUCCCCAAAAUUCACAGCGCCCCUGGUGGACAGAUGUGUGGUUGCAGGUUACGCCACAGCCAUCAGCUGUGCUGUCCGUGGCUACCCCAAGCCAAAGAUCAUUUGGAUGAAGAACAAUAUGAUCAUCCGUGAAGACCCCAAGUUCAUGAUGCAGAACAACCAGGGCGUGUUGACUCUGAAUAUCCGCAAGCCAAGCACAUUUGACGGGGGCAGAUACUCCUGCAGGGCCAUCAAUGAUCUUGGGCAAGACGAGGUGGAGUGCAAGCUGGAGGUUCGAGUUGUACAAGAGAAAGGAGUGGAGGCGAAGAAAUGAGCGACAGCACGAAACAGCAGAGGAUACAGUCGAACACGAAUAGUAAUGGAUUAUGUAUAAUGGGAUAGUCAUGAAUAAAUAUGAUUAGAAUAGAUCACUGGUGAGGCUUUAAAGCCAA